CCGCCCCUGCGAUCUACAGCCGGCCCGGGAGCCGGGCCUGUCCCGCCGCCGGGGCGGAGCCGGCCCGGGCCCCGCCCAGCCCGGUAGUUCCGCUCGGGGCCGGAAGCAGCGCCUGGCCACGGAAGCGUCGCGGGGCCGGUGGGACGCGAGUGCUGGAACAAGCCACCAGGAUGCCAGCGUUGCCUCUGGACGAGCUCCAGCUGACAGAAAGGGAUCCCAAGACAGGGAAGCUGAGAACUCUGCCAGCACUGCACCCAGAAAUUAAAGUAGAUCGGUCGUUCGUGCUGUACAAACCCCCUCCUUCCAUCAGAGACCCUGCUCUGGUGGAGGAAUUCCUGGAGCGAGCAAAAUUCAUUGCAGAUGACCUGAACUGGCUUCUGGCUCUGCCUCAUGACAAAUUCUGGUGCCAGGUGAUAUUUGAUGAGAGCCUGCAGAAGUGUUUGGAUUCCUACCUGCGCUCUGCCCCUCGCAAGUUCGACGUGCUGUGGGAUUGCCACCCGGAGGUGCACGAGCUGCAGAAGUGCCUCCAUCGCAGUGUCUUCCUCACCUUCCUCAGGAUGUCCACCCACAAGGAGUCCAAGGAUCAUUUUAUCACUCCUUCUGUCUUUGGACAAAUUAUUUACAAUAACUUCCUAUUUGAUAUCCCCAAGAUUCUGGAUCUCUGUGUCCUUUUUGGGAAAGGAAAUGGGCUCCUGCUCCAGAAGAUGAUUGGAAAUAUCUUCACUCAGCAGCCCAGUUACUUCAGUGACCUUGAUGAAACUCUGCCCACUAUCCUCCAGGUGUUCAACAAUAUUUUGCACAAGUGUGGUUUGCAGUGUGAAGGGGGCUCUGCUGAGCCCCAGAAACUGGAAGAGAAAGUCAGUGUGACUGCAGGGAACAUGCCCCUUCAGGAGCUGAAGGACAUUGUGCUGUAUUUAUGUGACACCUGCACAACUCUCUGGGCCUUUCUUGAUGUCUUUCCCUUGGCUUGCCAGACCUUCCAAAAACACGAGUUUUGUUACAGAUUAGCUUCAUUUUAUGAACUGGCAAUUCCUGAGCUGGAAUCUGCAAUCAAGAAGAGGCACUAUGAAGAUAACAGUGUUUUUGCUGAUUUGUGGAGGAGGAUUUCACACUCCAGAAAGAAGAUGAUAGAGGUUUUUCACAUCCUGGUAAACCAAGUCUGUCUGCAGCCCAUCCUAGAGAGCAGCUGUGAGAAUAUUCAGCCAUUUAUUGAGGAAUUUCUGCAGAUCUUCACCUCGGUGCUUCAGGAAAGGAGAUUUCUCCGUGACUAUGACGAGCUGUUCCCCGUUGAGGAUGAUGUGAGUCUGCUCCAGCAGGCAUCCUCUGCACUAGAUGAGACCAGGACAGCCUAUAUCCUCCAAGCAGUGGAAAGUGCCUGGGAAGGAGUAGACAGGAAAAAAGGACAAGCUGUUAAAGCUCCAGCAGCAUCCAAUGGAGCUUCAGCCAUAGUGGAGAGCAGCCCUGAGGACAGGGAGGAUCCAGGGGCUGCGUGUGCUCUGGAGGAUGAGUGUGCCGGCGCUGCGGCCGCGCCCGUCGCCUGCGUGUCCGGCGUGGAGCUGGACUCCCUGAUCUCCCAAGUGAAGGAUCUGCUGCCAGAUCUUGGAGAGGGAUUCAUCCUGGCCUGCUUGGAGGAGUAUGGAUAUGACACGGAGCAGGUGAUCAACAACAUCCUGGAAGAGAAGUUGGUGCCGUACCUGGAUAAGCUGGACCGAGGGAUGCAAAGACAGCUGAAGCCAGACCCCACCCCUCUGGUCAGCUCUCGCUGUAACGUUUUCCAGAAUGAUGAGUUUGAUGUUUUCAGCAGGGAUGCAGUGGAUGUGUCUCGGAUCCAGAAAGGCAAGAGGCGGGAGAAGGACACGACGCGGAGCUUGGUGAAUGACAAGCGGCUGGUGGCGGAGCAGAGGCAGCGCUACAGCCAGUACAGCGUGGUGCUGGAGGAGCUGCCCCUGCCGCCCGGGGCCGCCCAGCACUACGAGGACUACGAGGACGAGUACGACGACACCUACGAUGGGAACCAAGUGGGCGCUAACGACGCUGACUCGGAUGACGAGCUCAUCUCCAGGAGGCCAUUCACAAUUCCUCAGGUCUUGAGACCUAAAGGACAUGAAGAAGGACAGGAGACAGAGGAAGAGGAUGAAGAGGAGGAGGCAGAAGCUGAAAAAGAAAGAACAAAGGCACAAGCACGACAACUCUGCAGUUGUUGGGAAUGCCAAGGGCCACGGGCAGACCCGGGAGACGCUGCAGGAGCGGAGGAAGAAAGAAGCCAACAAAAGCACCCGAGCCAACCACAACCGCCGAGCCAUGGCCGACAGGAAGCGCAGCAAGGGCAUGAUCCCUUCCUGAGCAGCCCGGGGCGGGGCUGCACCGUCCUAGGCCCUGCCCAGGAGGAGGCUCCCUUUGCUCGGCAUUCCCUUUGCUCAGGGGAUGGAUGUUGUGUGCAAUACCCGGCAUCUGGGCUCGCACGGAGCUGCAUUCCCUGUGGGAGUGCUGCCCGUGCCUGGGAAGGAGCUGCCCUGACUGUGUGUGCCAGUGGCUACAGCCAAUACAUGGGACAGGCUGCAGCAGCCAUUCCUGCCCUUUUGUACUAUUUAUAAUUCAGAGUUUUAUUUUCAUACUGGCUCCUGCCCACCCUGGAGUGGGCAGCUCCGAGAGCACGGCUUCCAUGGAAAUGCCUUAUCCUGAACUUGAGUUAUAGAUUGUCCCAGCUUGGAAGGGACCCACAGGGAUCACCCAGUCCCACUCCUAUCCCUGCCCAGACCCCCCAACAGCCCCACCCUGGGCAUCCCUGGCAGUGCUGUCCAAAGGCUCCUGGAGCUCUGGCAGCCUCGGGGCCGUGCCCAUUCCCUGGGGAGCCUGGGCAGUGCCAGCACCCUCUGGGGUGGCACCUCCCUGAUCUCCAUCUAAACCUCCUGACACAGCUCUGUGCUGGCAGAGAAGGCUCCGACUGUUCCCACUGCCAGCAGACCCACAGGGGUGCAGGUGAGUCAGACCUUAUGGAUUUCUGUCCCUCAAGUGAGGCCUGUGAGAACAGAUGGUACAAAUAAAAGAUGUAGAUGUCUUA